CAUAAGCCAUAUAUCACCUGACCUCAGCUCAGUCAAGCAGCGAACAACACAACACGUGAAAAAACGAAUGGAUGAAGAUUAGGGACUUGCCCUUCUCCUCUCAGUUGACUCCAAAAACUCCUUCCUAAUUCGUUCCUUCUUUUUCAACACUCCAAAGUUUCGUAAUUCCUUCUUUCUUCGUCCAUUUUCUUCUCCACUGCACUUGAACCAACACUUCCACUUCCACACAUCACGUUCUGUUCAAUCUUGUCCCUCUCUUCAGACAAAAAAAGAAGUGAGGCAUUUCAAACCAAACCCCCCAAAAAAUGAACCUGUUACUCCCACUCCCUCAUCACCAUAACCAUCUCUCAUUCUCCCAAAGCCCAUUUCUCCACAACCCCAUCAAACCCCUCCAUUUCCUCCCCAACCCUCCCGCACGUGCGAGCACAAUAAUCCGCAUGGGCGGGGGUCCCCGCACGUACCCCGGAGGCGUGUCGAAGUGGGUGUGGAAGCGCAUGCAGGCGAAGAAGGCCAAGCAGCUUAUGAAGGCGCGCCUCUGCCGGGAGCGGCAGAUAUACGAGAUGCGGAAGCGGGCGGAGCUCAAGGCGGCGGUGUCGGAGCUGGAGCGGCCGUGGGAGGUUGUCGAGAGAGAGGCGUCGGCGUCGGCGCCGAACUUGUUCUCAAUUGGGGCGGAUGAGCAGGUGAAGGUGCUUGCUGACAGGUUCCAGAGGCCAGGCGGGUUUGACUUGUGGAGUGAGAGGGAUGGGCCGGUGCUGUUUGAGAGCCCUGAUGAGCUGCCCUCUGCUAGGUUUUUCCCCAAAGGGGUUGUGCAUAGUGUGAAGCCUUAUAGGAGGGUUGAUGGGUAUGGAUUGGUGAAGGAUGCUGAUGGAGAUGGGGAGAUGGGUUUGUUGAAGGGAAAUGAUUUUGGUGGAGGUUUGAGGGAAUUGGGUGAUGGGGGUUUGAGUGGAUUGGAGGAUGUUGAUAGGCUUGAAUUGGAAGAUGAUGAUGAUGGAGAAUGUUCAUCUUCUGAUGUGAGUUAUGGGAGUGAUGGUGGAUUGAGAAGGAAUGAGAAUGGGGGGAGGUUUUUGUCUGAUGAUGUUGGUAGGUCUAGCAAUCGAGGGCGAGGGCAAGGGCAAUCUUCUCGAACGAAUUAUGGGAGGAAUGGAGCGGAUGGUGAUGGCAGAAUGAGGAAGAAUGGGAAUGGGAGAAGGUUUUUGUCCAAUAAUGUUGAUCGGUCUAGCGGUGGAGAACAGUCUUCUCCUUUGAAUUAUGGCGGGGAUGGAAUGGAUGGUGAUGGUAGAUUGAGGAGGAAUGGGAAUGGGAGGAGGGUUUUGUCUGAUGAGGAUAGUAGCGAUGGAAAGCGGUCUUCUCAUUUGAGUUAUGGGAGGAAUGGAGUGGAUGGUGAUGGUGAUGGUGGAUUGAGAAGGAAUGGGAGAGGGAGAAGGUUAAUGUCAUCUGGUGAUGGAGGGCAAUCUUCUCGUUUGAAUUAUGGGAGGAAUGGAGCGGAUGGCAAUGGUAGAUUGAGAAGGAAUGGGAAUGAGAAUGGAAGGAGGAUUUUGUCUGAUGAUGAUGGUAGGUCUAGUGAUGGAGGGCGAUCUUCUCGUGUGCAUUAUGGGAGGAGGAAUGGAUUGAAUUUUGAUGGAAGAAUGAGAAGGAAUGAGAAUGGAAGUAAGUAUGUUGUGCAGGGUGUUGACGGGGCUGAUGGUGGAGAAAGUUUGCCCCAUUCUUCAAGCUCUGGAAGGUAUGGAGCAAGUUUUGAUGGCAGAUUGAGGAAUAGUGGGAGUGGAAGGAGGGUUUUAUCCAAGGAUGUUGAUGGGUCUGGUGAUGGCGGAUUGAGGAGUAAGGAGAAUGGAAGGAGGUUUAUGUCAAAGAAUGUUGAUGGGUCUAAUGGGUUGUAUUCAGGGGGAGCUAGUUCUGUCAGGAAACAGAGAGGGGGUAAUUCCAUUGGAGGCAGAAGUCGAGGAAAGUAUACUAAUAGGACUUCAGAGUAUGCCUCACCAAGAGGUAGAGAUGCAAAUUCUGAAGUUUAUGACAUGGAUUUGCAACAAGAUGGGAGUUAUGGGUUCAGGAAGAAGCGUGAGCAACCUGAUUCUACAAGUUGGUAGAACCAUGGAGUCUUAGCCUAGCCAUUCUAGCAGAUCAACAAGUUUUGCUAUUGGCAAAAGAUGAGCUGAUCAAGGUGGAUGAAAAGCUAAAAGCAGCUGAAGCUCUUCUGGAAAGCAAGAACCUUGAAAUAAAAAAAAUCAAUGAGGAGAAAAGGGCAGCACUGGCUGCACAAUUUGCUGCAGAAGCCACACU